AUGUAUUGGUGUGGUGUGCUUGUAUGUGGUGGCCAGGAAUACGUGGCAACAUGCGUCAACGAGGCAGUGGCGAUAGCCGACAAGCUCAUGACGCUUUCCGUCAUUGAGUCCACGUCCAGCACGAACACAGAGAGGUUCAAGCCUUCCUGCGACAGCUUCUACGUCCUCAAGGUACAAUACGAGCCACCCUUGCCGGUGUUGCUUAGGUACAAGUUGGUCGUAAUAGUGGUCGAAGACCUCCAAUGGGUGGAUUCCGGCACGUUGGACAUGAUCCUGGCCUUUCUACAAGAGGCCGAGCAGGAGGGGCCUUGGGACGGGGGGUGCAUGUUUCUCCUCUCCACGCGACCUGCCUCCACCUUCCCUGCGCACCUGAGCAGCACCCGCGACAAGAUUGUCGCCGAAAGAAUUGUGACGGUGAUUGAGCUCGGUGCCCUAUCGGAGGACGAGGCGGAAGGGGUGACGUGUCGGCUGCUCGAGGUGGACGAGCUUGAUUUUGCGCUUCGCAAGCUUGUGUUAACCUCGUGUUCCGGUAGUCCGCUCUUCAUCACCGAGCUGUGCCAGUCUCUUUGCAGCACCCGGGGGGUACAGAAAGUUUCUACAUCGUCCGGCAAGUCGCGAGCUGCUCUGAAAACGACGGGCAAGGACGGCGGUCUAUCAACCGGACCCAGGAGCGUGGCGGAGAUGGUGGCCGCCCGCAUCGACACCCUGGAGUCUACGGCAUCCCUCGUGCUAAAGGUGGCGGCUGUGAUAGGGGAGAAAUUCACCCUCAACGUCCUGUACGCUGUAUUUCCCGUCGACGUCGACGAGGCGACCUUGGCGACUCACUUAAACUCCCUGGUCUCCAAAAACUUCCUCGCCGUAGAGAAUCCCUCCGCGAUGAUGCAAGGCACGCUGUGCUUCAAGUUUAAACACUCUUUGAUGUCUGCCGCGGCUUACGGCAUGCUCCUACAUAGCAACCGCUGGAAGCUGCACUACCGAGUGGCGGUAGUCUUGACGGAGCAGGGCGACCAGUCCUACAUGGUCUUGGCGCGCCACUGGGUUCAGGUAGCGUUGGGUAACCCGAGUGCCGCCGAGAUCGCUGACCUUGGAGUCGGCGAGUUGAUGGGCAUGGGUCAGUUCAUCGACGCGUCCCUGUACUUCAACGACGGCCUGGAGGUGCUAAAGCGGAUGGCGGACACGCCAAGGCGAAAGUGCCUCGAAAUAGGUAUGUAA